AUGCCGUCCAUACCAGCAGUUGGAUAUAGGUUUCAUCCAACCAAUGAAGAAUUAAUUGAUAGUUAUUUGAAGCCAAAGGUGCUCGGUGAUGAAGUGGAAGACUUACUCAUCUUGGCCGAGGUUGAUGUUUGCAAACAUGAACCCUGGGAUCUACCUGAUAUAUCGAGCAUAAAGUCAGAUAAUCAGGUGUGGCAUUUCUUGAAGUCAGAUGAUCCGGUGUGGCAUUUCUUUUGCCGUCGCGAUUUCAAGUACAAAAACAGCAAACGCUCUAACCGGAAAACAAAGAAAGGAUUUUGGAAACCAACCGGCAAAAGUGUUGAAAUACGGGCCAAGCGUACCAAGAAGGUCAUUGGUACAAAGAGGACCUUGGUUUUCUAUGAAACAGCUAGUCCUAAGCCUGUGAGGACUCAAUGGAUAAUGCAUGAAUACGAGUACAUUUCUGAUUCAAGCCCUUCUAAUCAGGGAGGAUACGUUCUCUGUAAAUUGAAGAAAAAAUCAAAUGUGAAGACCCAUAAACGUGAACCCAAGCACUGUUUGGCUUCCGUCUCUAAUUUUGAAGCUGAACCAAGCUGCAGUAUGGCUUCUGAUUUUGAAAAUCAAAAUCAUAGUGAGUUGACGGCGAAUUCAGCUUGUGUUGAAAGUGAAUCAAGCCACCAUCUGGCUUCUGAUUUUGAAAAUCAAAACUCAAAUGAGCUGAUGUCUAAUUCAGCUUAUGAUGGAAGUGGGUUAUGCCACUCCAUGACCUCUAAUUAUGAAAAUCAACAUCCAAAUGAGCAGAUAGUUAAUUCAGCUUAUAAUGGAAGUGAACAAAGCCACCCCAUGGCUUCUGAUCAUGAAAAACAAGACCCAAUAGAGAUGACUCCUAUGUCACCCUUUGAUAAUUUGCUGAUGGCUUCUGAUUUUGAUGAUCCAUUAUCACCCCUCCAACUUGAAGGUGAAUGCGAUCCUUCCUUGCAGAUGCCUUCUAAGCUUAUAAGUCACUCAACCUAUGGUACAGGUGUAAGUAGUAUCCUACUGGCUUCUGAUUUUGAAUAUCAAAAUCAAGACAAGGAAACCGAUAUAUCAGCUUCCAAUGAAGGUGAAAGGAGUUCUCUUACUAUGCCUUCGGAUUUGGAAAAUCCAAAUCCUCGGGAGAAGAUUGAUAUGUCAACCCUUGAAGAAGCUUCUUUCGAUUCCUCAACAGUUUCAACAGAAUAUAGUCGGGCAGAUGCCUCGCUUCCAGAGUUUCCAGAGCUAAGCCCUCAACUAUGGGCAGAAUUGGAUGCAUACCUGGCGCUAGAGGAAAGCCUCAACCUCCACUCCAGCCACCAGCAUCUACAAGCACGGAGGAAAUCCCUCCAUACAGAGGCUUUGGUACCUCUCUCAUCUGCACAUUUCACUGUCUUUAUGGUGGAUGCUUCUGAGUUCGACUUUAUCCAGUCCGUGCAGCUUCAGGAUGCUAAUCCCCUAAAUACAGCCUAUGCCCUCCAAAAUCUGCAGCUACAUUCAAAGCAAGAUUUUUCUAGUAGCAAUCAACUUUCUGUUCUGGAGAAUGGUGACGUCGUGAUUGAUUUGUUUCAUGCUAGCGGGUUAGAGCAAUAA